GGGUUGCGUGCAGCUAUCGGCGCUGCGCGGGUGAGUAAAUGAGCCGAAGCAAAGUCGUAACUGUGCUGAUUUCUCUUCCUCCUCCUCUCACGGUAGUAGUUUCACGAGACAACCGUGUGCGCUCCAGCGGAAGCUUUGCCAUCGUUGAACGCUACCAUUUAGCCCUUAUGUUCAACAGUACACUUUCUCAAAAGACAAUUGUAACUGGACACAUUUGAAUUAUUUUCGACAUUUCACCAACAUUUGGAGAAGUGCAGAUCCUGAGACUCCUUUCUAGUAACCAUGGCACGUGAAACUGAAAUUAAGUAGAUUCUUGUGCAGUACAUUUAUUACGAGCCAUGUGUGAUCUUAUGCUGAAUUUGGACGUGUCUGUUGUUCCUGAGAACAACAAAUCACAGAGUAGACAGCAUGCAAGGGACAUUCGCUUUAUGAAGGGGAAUAAAGCCCGUGAGAGGAGAGAUAACUUGCGCCACCAGAAGUUACAGAUCCAACAAUUGGAUACAAUUCAACAUCUAGACAAGCAAAAUGUAAAAUGCAAGCCAGAGUCCCCGACGAAAACGUAUUUGAAGAAAAGCAACAAAGAAAUGAAAGAUGCACUCAAUGGAACGAUUAAACAGAGCAGUGUGAAAUUGCAUAGGAAAAACGAGAAAAUUAAAGGUCACAACAUGUUAGACGAGUUUUCCAAUGGAGCUGCAAGGCCAGAGAAACAAGUCACCGUUACGGAAGAUGUGCCAAAGACUUUUGCCAACAAGAAUCCAAGCAGGUAUUUUGGCCUCGACUGUGAAAUGGUGGGCACAGGGCCUGCUGGUUUGUGCAGUGAGCUGGCCCGAUGCAGCAUUGUCACCUACUAUGGUGACGUUGUGUACGAUCGCUAUGUGAAACCAAGGAACCCUAUCACUGACUACCGCACGCGAUGGAGUGGCAUCACUGCUAAAGAUCUGUCCAAAGCCAUCCCAUUCCAUCGGGCCAAGAAGGAGAUUGUCCAGAUCCUCAAAGACAAGGUGGUGGUGGGUCACGCCCUGCAUAAUGAUUUCAAGGUGAUCGGUGUGAAAGUAGCCGAGUCUCUGCAGCGAGACACAUCACGCUCGAAAGCUGCUGAGAAGCAUGGCAGGCCUCUCCACUCAGCGCAUUACUUCCCUAAAGAUCCUCGCAAAGAUCUUGCUCAAAGAAGACAUACAGAUGGGAACUGAUGGACAUUCCUCUGUGGAGGAUGCUUGGUCAGCCAUGCAGCUCUUCCGCUUGGUUCAGAUUGACUGGGAGAAGGAGCUUGAUGGGCAGGCACAAGAAAACCCCCAAUCAAUCGAAACACAAGUGGCUGCAUUGCCAACUCAAAAAGCUGCCAAUUGUAAAGUGGAAG